AUGAAGUUCUCCUCGACUCUCACGGUCCUAGCGGCCUCGAAUCUGUUCCUGUCUGGAGCAGCCGCCGUCGACCUGGACAUCACCUCCCAAGAUUCAAUCAAGGCAGCUGCAAAGGUCCUCAUUGCAAAUCUACGGUCCUACUACACGGGCGACAACAAAGGCGACACCGCCGGUAACCUCCCAGACCCCUACUACUGGUGGGAAUGCGGUGCCAUGUUCAACGCCUUCAUAGACUACUGGUAUUACACGGGCGACGACACGUACAAUGCCAUCACGGUGCAGGCCAUGCAGCACCAGAUUGGAGACUACUCGGCCUUCAUGCCUUCGAACCAGUCCGCCUCGCUCGGCAACGACGACCAGGCCUUUUGGGGAAUGGCUGCCAUGUCUGCCGCCGAGAACAAACUGCCUGACAUGGGCGACGGACAGCCUUCCUGGCUUGCACUCGCCCAGGCUGUCUUCAACACACAAUAUCCACGCUGGGACAACACGACUUGCGGCGGAGGGCUGAGGUGGCAGAUUUUCUCAUUCAACAACGGCUACAACUACAAAAACACCAUCUCCAACGGAUGCUUCUUCAACAUCGCCGCGCGUCUGUACAAAUAUCUCGGAAACGAUACCUAUGCGGACUGGGCGGAGAGGGCUUGGGUGUGGGAGCAGUCUGUGGGACUCAUGAGUGCCGACUACCACUUCUACGACGGAACCGAUGACAAGGAGAACUGCACGAGCGUCAACCACAUCCAGUGGACUUACAAUGCCGGCAUUCACAUGGCCGGCGCUGCGGCUAUGUGGAACAUGACCCAGAGCGAUGUCUGGAAAACCAGGCUCGAGGGCGUCAUUAAGGGAGCUUCGGUCUUCUUCAACGACAACGUCAUGAUUGAAGUCGCGUGUGAGAACAACGGCAAGUGCGAUGUCGAUCAGCGAUCUUUCAAGGCCUAUCUCGCCCGCUGGAUGGGAUAUACAGCCAACAUCGCUCCGUGGACUCAAACAUCGCUUAUUCCCUAUCUCAAAGCCUCUGCUCAGGCUGCCGCUAAACAGUGCAUUGGAGGUACGAACCAAACGUCGUGCGGACUUCGCUGGGUAGACAAUGGCACAAACGACGGCAGCUUCGGUGUCGGCGAGCAGAUGGCUGCCUUGGAGGUUGUGCAGAGUCUGCUUUACGAUACAGUGUCCGGUCCGGCGUCCAAAGACGCUGGUGGUAUCUCUACAAGUGAUCCUUCCGCUGGUCAGGACGCUCCCACUACCGAAGUCGUCUUCGACACUGUCACAACGGGCGACAAGGCUGGUGCUAGUAUCCUGACCAUUGUGGUACUUGUUGGCAUCCUGGUUGGCGCCUGGUGGAUGGUUUCAUAA